GAGACCAAAGGCCAGUUUCUCAUAGAUCAUGUUUGCAAUCACUAUUGUUUGCUAGAAAAAGACUAUUUUGGCAUUCGCUAUGUGGAUUCUGAAAAACAGCGGCAUUGGCUUGAGCCCAAUAAAUCUAUCUUCAAGCAAAUGAAAUCUCAUCCACCAUAUACCAUGUGCUUUAGAGUGAAAUUCUACCCGCAUGAACCCCUGAAGAUUAAGGAAGAGCUUACCAGGUACCUUUUAUACCUCCAAAUCAAAAGAGAUAUUUUCCAUGGCCGUUUGCUGUGUGGGUUUUCUGAUGCUGCUUACCUGGGAGGAUGCAUUAUUCAAGCUGAAUUAGGUGAUUAUGAUUCUGACGAACAUGUGGAUAAUUAUGUCAGUGAAUUUAAGAUCUUCCCUAAACAAUCUCAAAAGCUGGAAAGAAAAAUUGGUGAAAUACAUAAAAAUGAAUUCAGGGGUCAGAGUCCAGCUGUUGCUGAAUUUAAUUUAUUAUUAAGAGCACAUUCUUUAGAAACCUAUGGUGUUGAUCCUCAUCCUUGCAAGGAUUCAACUGGGACUACAACAUUUUUAGGAUUCACAGCUACAGGUUUUGUGGUAUUCCAGGGAAAUAAAAGGAUACAUUUGCUAAAAUGGUCUGACGUCUAUAAACUAAAGUUUGAAGGGAAGACAUUUUAUGUGAUUGCAGUUCAGAAAGAGAAAAAGGCUAUGUUGUCAUUCCAUACUUCUACACCAGCAGCUUGCAAGCAUCUCUGGAAAUGUGGUGUGGAGAAUCAGGCUUUUUACAAGUAUGCAAAAUCAAGCCAAAUCAAAACCAUGUCCAGCAGCAAAAUAUUUUUUAAAGGCAGCAGAUUUAGAUACAGUGGAAAAGUUGCAAAAGAAGUUGUUGAAGCAAGUUCAAAGAUCCAGAGGGAGCCUCCAGAAGUGCACAGAACCAACAUUACUCAAAGCCGUAGCUCUUAUUCUUUAAGCAAACAAUUCAUAAUAAAUAUGGAACCUUUGCAACCUCUCCAUCCAUCACCAGAUGACCAGGAAGAGGUUAUUUCUGAUGAAGGGGAAGAUCCUGCUAUCAGUCCCCAUCUGGUGCAGCAUGAUCCUAUCCCUGUACUCCUUCCUGGAAGCCUUACAACUUGGAAAUCUGGCUCUUUCUCCAUUCCGCGUGAUACUCCCUCCCGUAUUCGUGCCCCUAGAUCUCUUGGAAUCCAGCUGCCAAAGGAAGAUGAUAUUUCACUCCCUGUGAUAUCAAGCUCUCCUACUAAAGAAACAGAUGAUGGUUCAGAUCUUUCGGUUGAGGAGGGUGAGAAAAUCAAAGAGGAGCCUUUAACAAUUUCAGAAUUGAUGUACAAUCCAAGUACCAGCUUGCUCCCAACUCCUGUUAAUGAUGAGGAGAUAGAUCUUCUCUUUCAAACUUCCCCAAGGGUAGAAAAUGGGAAAGAAGAUACAGAUUCAUUUGAGGAACUGGAGGCGGAUGAAAAUGCAUUUUUGGUUGCAGAGGAGGAAGAGUUGAAGGAAGCUCGAAAAGCACUUCGGUGGAGCUAUGACUUUUUGAUGGGUAACUUGAAAAUAAACUCUGCUGUGAAGAGUUUUUCCAGACUUCUUUUUGUUGGGCUUGGGGUGUUGCUUGUGGUUUUCCCUCUACUACUUGUCCUUUUGGAAUCAGAUCUUGACAUCUCCUUCCUCCAUGAAAUCCGCCAAACACCAGAAUUUCAGCAGUUUCACAUUGAAUAUUACUGUCCUCUCAGACAGUGGAUAGCCUGCAAAGUAGACUUCAUUAGCCAUUUGUUUGGCAGCUCUUAAACAUAAAAAAAUGUGCAAAACUAAGGGCUAUAUUCAAAACUAGUGAAUUUUAGUCAGUAUUUAGGUGCUCAUAAACAUCCUGCAGGUUAUCUUCAAUUGGUUCUUUAUUUUGAUAGACAAUAAAUUCAAAAUUCUUACAUUUACUUUUCAUAAUUGAAUAAUUGAUGUAGUAGUGGCCUUUAAGUAACCAAAAAGCAGUCUUUUUUAUUUUCUUUCCUGUUUAUAUCAGUAAUUACUGAAGAGAAACUAUCAUUUCUAUCAUAUCAAGCUACGAUGUCCUAAUUUUAAGCAUUAACUACAAAUAGAAAAGAGGAUGUGUUUGAAUAUAUUCCUUAGUAAAACAAUAUCUACUAACCAAUGCCUAUAUUGCUCGGGUUUUAUUAUAAUUUUGUUUGUUUGAUUUUUUCAUUUAAAAAUAUUUUUAUGUCUUUACAAAUUUUGGUAAAUUUUUAGCAAAUGCAAUUUCUGAAAAUAUUUAAAUGUACAGAUGAAUAAAUGCACAAGGACAUAUCAUGAAUUUUUAAAACAUUUUAGCAUUUUUUUAAAAAAACACUAAUAUUCUUCAAGAUAUGCACAAGAUGAAUAAUUGGAAUGCAAGAUAAAUAUGUCUGAUAUAUGGCAGUGAAAGACUAAUUUUUCAAUUAACAAGUUUAAGAGGAACUACACAUUAGGACAAAUCAGGUUAACCAUGAGAGUUACUUCCAUGAGAGGAGAAGAUACUUACUCCUUUCUUUGUACAUUGCUUUUUUUCUGUAUGCACAAUCAGAAUAGGAUAGUUGGAAGGGUAUUUGCAGAAAAGAAUCAGUGGAUGCAGAAAUGAUUAUGAAUUAUUUCCUAUCUGUUGAACCUGUCCUGCAUAUUCUUCAUAUCCCUGUUAAUAUUAAGAAGCAGAUACAUGAUCAGUAUAAUGUAUAGUAUCACAUUACAGAAGUUGUUCUGAAACUAAAGAGUGGGAUAUAAUUUUCUCAAGAUGGCAAUUUGGAUUUUACUUUGAUACACUCAUGAAAGUUCUUUGAAAAGUAGUGGAAGUGUAGUUUUGCAGGAGAUUUAGAGAUUUUGUUUUCAUGUACAUGAUUGUAAGUUACAGAGAAAUGGUAAUUUUUUUUAAAAAAAGAUAAAGCUAAGCUUACUAAAAUACAUAACAAUUUAAAAAAUUAACCUGUUUCCAAAGAUAGAGGAAGUUUCUGUGAAAAACUUCUGUGAAUUUCAGACACCUGAAAAAAGUUAGUUUCUGAUUAUAUUCAUUAUUUUUCAUUAUAUAAAUCUCGGAGUUUCAAUUCCAUGCAUUAUUUUUAAGCAUGCUUUCUUACCAGAUGUAAACAAUGGAUGCACAUGAUUUAUUUAUAAAAAGUGUUCUUUUGACAGUGGUGUGUUGUUAUCUUUGUUGUCUUGAUGGAGAUUUUGUGCCUGUGUAACUCCAAACUCUUUUUAGAGGAUGUGACUAAAAUCUUGUGUAUUUAGAGAAGACCAACAUUUCCACAUGCCCAAUUUUCAAAUGUAAGGAAGUAGAAGCAGAAGAACUAAACCGAAUAGCCAAUCUGGAUUUCAUAAAACAAAAUUCACUGUUUCCCUUUCCUAACUACACCAGUAAUAGGAUGUUUACCCUGAGUCCUAUACUUGUUUCCUUUGAAAUAUGUUUAGAUCCUAGUUCUAGAUUAAUGAGAAUAAGAUUACAGCCUUUUGUUUCUUGUUCUAUUAAAGUUUUAGAAUUGCUAUCUAUUACUACAAAUUAAUAAUUUUUUUUAAAUAAUCAAGUAAAUGUAUGGAGUACUUAAAGUACAUUUUAAACUCAGUUUAAAACUUUUAAAAUAUUUUUUUAUUUACAUUUCCUAUUAAAAAUAGUGCAACAAACCUAAUCCAUAUUUCAUCUACCUUCUAAUAUAUAAACCUUUCUAACUAAUUCCCAUGUAAUUCCCAUGUGCUUAAUUAAAAAUCAGAUUGUGUUUGUAAUUUGUAUUAAAAAGAAGUAUGCAUUGUAGAAGAAAUUAUGAGCUCCUGAUUUUAAAAAGUUUAUAUUCUGGAGUUCUCACAAUUGCUAAGUGCACAAGUUUUAAACUAGAUUUCUUUUUUUUAUAUAUAUAUAAUUGACUAGUUGAAAAGCUUGGGUAAUUUCCCUUGCAUGUAUUACAUCAUCUAAAAAAUAAAUUUAAAAGGUUUUUUAGGGCAAUCUUUUCAAUUAUAAGUAAAUAUAUGAAAUGUUUUGUGACUGAAACCAUUUUAUCUUUAAUCUGUUUUUGAGCUCUUCCUUUCCUUAAUUACUCCAUUGCAAAAAAUAUUAUUUGGUGCAUAUUUAAUCCUUUUUGCAACUUUGUGCUGAAUCAAGAACCCAGUCAGGAAGCAUCUAUUGUUGUUUUCCAAAACCAAAAUGACAGUAAUCUUAGAGAUACAUAGUUAUAAAAGUAGACUAUAUAGAUAUUGCAAAUAUUAUAAUAGCAAUAAAUCCAAACCCUUGUCUUGGUCUGCUGGGUAUUUAUAAAAUACCAAGCUCUUUAAUGAUAGAUUCUGGAUUCUAAAAUGUAGUCUUGUCCAUGUACUAUUGCUCCAAAAUCAUUAAACACCUUUAUUAGUACUAGUUCAUUUGAUCUGGGAAAGGUUGAAUUGUUUGAGGAACUAAUUACCUCAGAGAAUAAACUGUGCAAUAAGGAUAUGUAUACAGUGAAUGGCACGUGCAUGUACAUGAAGGGAUAGAGAUAUAUCAAUCAAAUUGUGAGGGCUUUUUUCUAGAUUCUAGACAGAGAAAUGAGAAAAGACUGAAGAAUAUGUACAUAAACCAGAAGAGUCUUGUCUGCAGAACUGGAAGUGACAGAGAUGGCAUAUGAAGAGUUCGUAGGUGCAGUAUUGUGUAUUUCUGUUUGUGCUUAGACUAUAUUGUAGAACUGUACUUGACAUAUAUUUUGUGAUUUGUUUAAUAUUUAUAAACAAACUCUGGGAAGAAUUAAAUAGGGAUUAUUUCUCUGAAAUGCAAAUGGGCAAGAAUUCCUGGCAUGGGUAGGGUGGGAAAUGUACCUGUAAACUUGAGCCUUAUCUUUGUAAAGUGAAUUUAACAUUUCUAUGUCCACAUCCUGAUUGUUUUAUAUGUUAAUGUAAUGA